AUGCCUCUGAACACGUCCAAGCAGUCGCCUCCCACGACUUCAGGGCUCCUUCCCAACGCCACGUGCCAAACUGAAAACAGGCUCUCCGUCGUCUUCUCCGCCAUCUUUAUGACAGUCGGGAUCCUCUCCAACAGCCUGGCCAUGGCCAUCCUCCUGAAGGCGUACCAGCGAUUUCGGCAGAAGUCGAAGGCGGCUUUCCUGCUCUUUGCCAGCGGCCUGGUGAUCACGGACCUCUUUGGCCACCUCAUCAACGGGGCCAUCGCCGUGUUCGUCUACGCCUCCAACAAAGACUGGAUCCGCUUCGACCGGUCCAACGUCCUCUGCAGCGUCUUUGGCAUGUGCAUGGUGUUCUUCGGGCUGUGCCCUCUCUUCCUGGGCAGCGUGAUGGCCGUCGAGAGGUGCUUCGGGGUCACCAAGCCCAUACUCCACUCCACGAAGAUGACCUCCAAGCACGUGAAGAUGAUGCUGGCGGGCGUGGGCCUCUUUGCCGUCUUUAUCUCCCUGCUGCCCAUCCUGGGGCUCCGAGCCUACGAGAUCCAAGCGUCCCGCACCUGGUGUUUCUACCGAACGGAGCACCUGCGCGACUGGGCAGACCGCUUCUAUCUCCUGCUCUUCUCUUCUCUGGGGCUCGUGGCCUUGGGCAUCUCCUUCCUGUGCAACGCCAUCACUGGCAUCACGCUCCUGAGAGCCAAGUUCAAGAACCAGCAGCACCGCCGGGGCAGGUCUCACCACUUCGAGAUGAUCAUCCAGCUCUUGGCCAUCAUGUGCGUCUCUUGCAUUUGCUGGAGCCCAUUUCUGGGGUUGAAGCCCGCAGGACAGGAACAUCAGGGAAGGGGCCAGGGCUGCGCCCUGGUGACGCUGGUCCAGUCUCUUACCGGGAAGUCCCGGCGGCCUCUUCGGCUGAAGCAGCCCCAGCGGAGCGGCUCGGUUUGGAGCCUCCAGAGCCGGGGCUGA